UAUACGAUCACGUUUCUCUCCAUUAUGUGUUGAAAUACUUGGGAACAGAUUUCUUAGUGGUACCUUAUUUUUUAAAAAACAGCGCUCAUACUUUUUUCAUUUAGACACACCCUUUGAGCUAUGACGUUACCCAAUAACAUCCUUUCUCUUCAGUUUAAACGGAAGUGAACAGUGACCAAGGACAAUUUCCACGUUAGCGUUUUUGUUGUUAUUUAGACGUUUAUUAACAACAUGGGACAAACAAAUAUGACUAAUUUAACUGCACAGCAUCACAUACUUACCCCAUGUAGUCGUUAAUUCGCGUUGGAGACAGGACUUGGUUGAUAGAUAUUAUUUAGGUAACGCUGAACUAACAAUGGCUAACUGUAUGGUUUUUCACACUCAAAUAGCCUCCAUCAUGGAAGUGCUUGCAAAUUCAGCCGUGGCAGAGAUCUGUAAACUCGUAGACGACGACUAUGCAGUGUUUCGUUUGGAAAUUUCUCAAAGCCAGAAAGAAAACAGGGGAUUGCGUAGGAAACUACAGCUACUUGAACUGAAGGUAGCAAGGGAGCGCGCAGACAGGACAAUGCGAGAACGCAUCCUCGCUAGUCGUCCCAGUAAUGUCAAGAUCCUAGACCGAUACAGAGGAAUGGAAAGAGGUGAAGGAGAUCUCACUGGAGGCCACAGGAGCUUUGUGAAGGCAGCAGGACAAAAUACAUGGAGAGAUGACCAACCAAUCACUGUUGAUGAGGGGAGUGGAACCUCGACCCAGCACGUUAUCGUGAUAGAGUCUGCAGAUGCAGAGGCUGCAGGUCAUGGGGUCAAGCAGGAGAGGUCUGAAGGAGAGGAGGACCCACGUCACAGCAGAAACAUCCAGGUGGAUGCUGUGGCUGAAGUGGCACCCCCUGUAGCCAUGGAGGACCCCCCCACCGCGCCAGCGCAGCCCAGGAUCAGACGCAGCAUCACGGAGGAGGAGGAGUGUCCAGAGGUGCUGCUGGUGAAGGAGGAGGGGUGUGAGGAGGGUCUGGGGAACCCUGAGUGGACCAUGGUCAUGGAGGACAACCAGACUACACCUGAACCAACAGAGGAACCAGCUGAGCAGCACAGGACCACACACAGUCUCAUUGAGUCAGUAGACAUGGAGGAUGGGAAGCCUGAUUUGCUGAUAGUCAAAGAGGAGACAAUAGAAGAUGAACCAGAGAGCAUUGAUCUGCUGAGUGGACUAAAGAUGGGGGAGCAAGGUGAUUGGCUGGAGGCAAACAGAGGAGACUGGGCGGCCAUCUUGGAUUCCCAGACCCAGACCGGUGCAGCCAAGGGCCCGGGAGACGACAUCACUGAGCAGGCCAGGACCAGAGGUGACAUAGUGGAGGUAGGUAGGCUGGAACAUCCACCACCAAAUGUGUAGCCCCCAUCUGGGUGAUGCAUCGGCAGCAGUAAGUGCCUGGAGGCCACCACACCUGGGCAGUAAUCAGCAACAGUCUCCUUCUAGACGAGCCUCUGUCAUCCCCUCACACCACAAUCCACAUCUUUCUAUGUAGUACUUGUUUGUUUUGUAGUUAAUUAUGUUGAUUUUGGAUGUAUUAUAUGAUUGGACAGAGUAGAUGAUAUGGUGAUGGUUGGUGUGUCUUUAAAAAUGCUUAACUGAUGAAAAGUGGCAACCCUGACCUGUUGUUUGAUGGUGGUGUUUUAUAAUGAGGAAAUUAUAUUGCCUUAAUUCGUGUUUACUUGACAUGGAGUAGUGAAGAUGUGUGUAAUGUUGAACCUUUUCCAAAAUAUUCUAACAUUCAUUUUAUCAGAGCGAGGGUACUAGAUUUACAGAAAAUGUAAAGUGUUACCAUAGUGAGAAAAGUUAUUCUCGUCACAGGUAUUGUUUUGUGCAAUAAAAGUAGGGGAGAGUGGGGUAUGCAGGGCCAUUUUUUACAAUCAGCAUUACUAUGUCAAGGGAAAUAUAGUAUUCUUUCUAACAAAGAUAUCUACAUAUAUUUCAGGAUGUGUAUCCCUAGAAAUAAUCAGAAUUCAUGUAAACAUUACAGUUUUGAAAACAUAGCUUGUCCAAAAAAGGUGGUCUCUUGGCACAACUUACCUAAGGUAUGUGGUAAGUAGAGCAUCGGGACAGGGUAAGUUGAGCUGCCUUGGGAUAAGUGGGUGAUAGUUUCCUGUGACUGUGGGUGAUGAUGGUGGUCGUCAAAGUUCGAAUUAAUGGAAUGGGGUUGGUAUAUUGUAUAUCUUAAUUGUAUACAGUAGAUCUGUCUGUUCAAUAUCACUUACCCUUCAGUUUCUUGACCAGUUGUCUGGGACAGGGAUGUUGUUUUGAUGUGCCAGUUUGUAGGCAUGUUCUCUGCAUUUGAGCCUACUACGCCCAUGAAACUGGUCCGCAAGUUUCUUGAUAUGUUUAGCAAGCUCAGACGCCAUGUCAUCAGAUAAGACAUUGGUGCCUCUGCUACUCUACCAUAGCCUCUCUUUCACACAGGUCCAUGUUUGUUGUUCUUUUUUGUCAAUGUACCUCUUCGGUGUCAUUCAGUGUAUUUGUUCAUCUCUUGCUGCCGCUCCAAUGGACUUCUUCCCUUCUCUCACGUCCUUGGCUGCUCUCAAGAACCUCAAGGGGUCUAGACCCCUCUUUGUUUUACGUUUGUAUACACAGGGCAUGAUGAUGUCUGCUCUGUAACAAUAAAAAUGCAUCUUGAGUUCAUAUGCAUUACACAUUGCAAAAAUACUGUGCAUAAAACUGACAGAAUGUAAUCAUCAUUUAUAUGCGGUAUGGUGGCCAUUGGCUCAACUUACCCCAUGGCCAUUGGCUCAACUUACCCCAUGGCCAUUGGCUCAACUUACCCCAAGGCAUACAUUUUGACUAUAUUAGCCCAAAUAGCUCCAAGGAUGCACUUUCAUGCCAUGUUUAGGACCUCAUAUUGAAGCUUAGAGACCCCAACUGAUGUAUAAAACAAUGGUAAAACAAUCUUCUUUGGUUUAGAUACAAGCGUCAUGAAACCUACAACAAUAAAUGAAUUUGACUUUGUGAAAAUCGUAUUUUUUUUUUAAAGCUAACUUGCUUACCACUUUUUCCAUGUGGUUUCUUCCUUCACAGACUCAAUUAAAUAAUGGUUAGUGCUAUCCGGAAUCCUUUGGACUUCCCUACCUUAAACCCUAACCUUAGCCAUUUUAAAUGUCAACUUCAAUGGGGUAACGUCAGAUUUCGGACUUCCAACGGAUAUCAGAUAGCAUGGACCAUGAAAUGAUGACCUCUUCCUAAAUAUUUGGUCACAUGAUUCAUUUUGUGUAUGGUUUCUUAUAAACAACUAACCCUUUGGCUCAACUUACCCCACUGUCCCCUACUUCAGUUCUUUAUGUAAGUGUAUGACCAUUUGAAACCAUGUUGAAAUUAAAUACAAAAUCGACUCUAUGCUGACUGACAAAACAAAAUAAAAAUUCUGGGACUGAGUUUCCUAUAUCUCAGUCAAACCAAAACAUGGUUUGACUCCAUAUUGUUAGGUACUUGAAUCACAGUGUUAGAGAUGGGCUUGACUGUGGUUAACACUUUAUAUCAUUUCAUGUUUCUGUGUGUACAGGAAAUAAUUUCUUAUU